AUGAACGAUUACAUCAGAGACACCAACGAAAAUAACGUUAUUACAAUCAUUCCAGAACCAAUCUUUGUAAUCAAAUCAAAAUUAUUAUCAGAUCCACACUCCAAAUUAUUUAUCAAUGUUUGCCAUGCUGAAACGGUGCCUCCCCCCAAAGAUUCAUUCGAUCCAUUGAAUACAUAUACUGCAAUCAUGAAUAAUCAAUGGGAGAUCCCUAUUGUGACGUCUCAGAUGAGACAGGACACGGAUAAGAAAGGAGAACUAUGUGUGGUUUCCGAUUGUAUUAUUAAUUCUAAUUUAGUUGAUAUUAUUAAUAAUGUCAAUAAUUUUCAAUUGAAACAAAUAUUAGUGGAAUGGUGUAUUGAAAGCGUUGAAAUUAGAGAAAAUGUUAUGAUUCAGAGAGAUACAAUUAAAUUUCCAAAGAUGAAAUUUAAAGGUAAUGAAUUACCAACUUUAGAGAUUAGAAAUGACAGUAAUAUACACAAUGAUGGAACAGAUCAAGCUAAUAUAAAUAAUGAAACUGAUAGUGUUUCAAGUUUUUUACAAAUGAAAAGAGAUCUUAUUGAUAAUGAUGAAAUUGAAGAUUCUACAAAUGGUUUAAAGACUUUAUUUCCAACAAUACAAAAUAAUAACAAAAAAUCUUCUAAUCCAUUAAUUCAAGAUAUUACUGACCCAAAUAUGCAUCCAACUAAAAACUCCUCACUCAUUAAUGAAAUAGCAUCACCUAAAAUAAUUGAAAAGAAAAAUGUUCACUUUAAUGUAUCGAUGAGACAUACAAAGGAUACAACUACAUAUAAAUUAAGAAUUGAAAUUGAAUCAGAACUGAAUUCUUCAUUGGAUCUAGAACUUUCUUAUAAAUCAAAUGAAAAUUCAUUAUUUGUUAAAAAUAUUAACCUUCAAGAAUUUAAUGAAUCAAAUUUAGAGAUUCCAUUACCUGAUUUUAUAAAAUCAAAUAAUUUAAAUUUUACUGAUUUUAAAACUUUCUUCAUUAAGAAAGAACACAAACUUUAUAUUUUUAUAUAA